AUGUCGUCUUACUCGUCGUCCAACGGCCGCUUCCGCAGUCGGCUCUCACGGAAGAAAUGGGGAGCGCCAGUUGUUGCUGGCGGAGCAUUGGGGCUCAUUUUGCUGGUGACGGUGGUUUCGAAGGUGUUCUGGGGCGGUGGGGAUACCGACCUUGACUUGCCGCCCCCACGAAAAACGGGCACACAGCACGACUUGCCAGACCCGAGCCAGCCGCAUUACCCCGGCGCGGGGUCGUCAACGACGCUUAGCGCUGUCGAUGAGCUCUUUGAGCGGCAGUCGCAGACGCUGGAGCAGGCUGCUGCGCGGUAUAGACUGAAGACGGACCGUAAUCCACCGAGGGGGUACGACAAGUGGUUUGAAUACGCGCGGGAGAAGAGGUGCUUGGUGGACGACUACGACCAGAUAUACCGCGACUUUGCGCCGUUUUACCAGCUGGCUGAUAAGAGGGAAAGCGAGAAGAAUGCGGAAAAGUUCUUCCCGCAGAUGGUCAAGGCGGUGGGGGCCCUGAUUCACGAGGAGAACAUCGGGAUGAGGACAUUCACCAUGCAGGAACAUCGUUUGGGCACGGCGGAUGAGUGGACGAGCAACUACGACGAGCUUUGGAACACGACCCUCACCCAAUUGGGACCGUCUUUACCCGACUUCAAACUCAUCAUUAACCACCGCGAUGAGCCUCGAAUAGCGUUCGAUGUACGGGCACUUUCACCCGAAGUAGCCUUCAAACCGGAAGACAAAGCGCCGUUUCGCAAUGCGCCCAAGCCCACGUCCAAGUUUUACACCGACGACGGCCACUGCCUGGUGCCCAACGACCCCAGGGGCUUUUUAACUUGGGCAAACGGCGCAAGCUCAUUCCUACUCUACAGCGCCAGCGCCGACUUCACCACUGACCUUUAUCCGGUGCUCAGCCAAUCGAAGAUAUACCCAUGUUUCUCCGACAUCCUCUUCCCCAGCCCCUUCCACUACAAGCGCUCCAGCUCGCAUCCGAAGUACUCCAAGCCGGACAAUGUGGGCUGGGCCAAGAAGAGGUCCGUACUUUACUGGCGCGGCCAGUCGACUGGUGGCUGGAUUUACGGCGAAAACUACCGCUCCUUCCCGCGCUUCCGCCUGAUUGACAUUGCGCGCGAGCCGAAGAAUGCGGGGCUCAUGGACGUGGCGAUAACCGCGUUCUACACGUGGUUCUGCCAGCUCGAGGGCUGCGACGGCGAGAAGAUCAGCAAGGAGUACAAUAUCACGGGGGAGAACGCGCCAAGGGAGGAGGUUUAUAAUUACAAAUACGUGCUCGACGUGGACGGCAACGCGUUCUCGGGGCGCUAUCUGGGGCUGCUCGCGAGCGGGUCGCUGGUGUUCAAGUCGACACUCUUCACGGAGUACUUCCACGACUGGCUGCAGCCGUUUGAGCACUACAUCCCUGUUAGACCAGACCUGUCUGACCUUGCGGAGCGGGUGCGGUGGGCGAAGGCGCACGACGAGGAGGCGCGGAGGAUACAAAAGGCGGGGAAAGAGUUUGUGGAUCGGGUGAUGACAGACGCGCAGAAUGACUGUUAUUUUUAUUUGGUGUUGUUGGAGUGGGCGAGGUUGCAUGCUGGGGGGCACUAA